CUUACUAAACCGUUGAUUAAAAAAACCAAAUCUCCAGUAGAAAUGGGUAAGCACAUCGUCAUUUCUAUGUUGAGUUCACUUGACUUUGUCCCUAACGUACACCCACUGAUUAAAAUACACUAAUCAUGGUACAACAUGCUGUUAGCAGGCAUACAUAUCAUAUAAGUAUCAUACCUUACAUGUUCAUACACAAUUAAUUAAUUCAUUAAAACAAAUUGCAAUUUGACACAAUAAUUCUACCAAUAAACACAUACAAUUCAUCGGGGUUUUUUCUAUUAAACGUGGCCAGCUAAAUCAAGUCGUGCGCCCUCUCUCUGUCUCACUCACUCUGUUCUUCGCUUUCUAUCCUUCUUUGCACUCAAAAGCCCUCAAAUUCCCUUUCAGUUUCUGUACCGUUUCUCUGAGAAAUGGGGGACAGAACAUUCUUAGUGAUAUUCUUCUUCUGGGCUGCCCUCACCAUCGUCACCCCGAUGCUCGUUCUCCUCUCGGAGUCUUCCAAACAAAGCUUGUUGCUCUCCAAUGGUGAUGUAGUGCAGAAUGCUGAAGUGGUGAAGCCAAGGAAGAUGAUGGGAUACGAAGCGGAAGCACCGGGGAAGAAACGGAACGGUACGGCUCUUGAGAAUGUUUCAGCUGUACCAAGUGAAGCUCCAAAGCCUUCCAUUGAAGAGACGGAUGAUGGAGAUUAUCACCCGCCGAGAAGUGAAGAACUUGUUUUUCCUGCUUCGGAAAGAUUGGCUGACGAGGAUUCAUGACAAGUCAAACGGUGGAAGAAGGAAAGAAAACAGAGCAUUUCGCAGUAGAGACAGAGUUGGUGAAAGGUACUUUGAGAAUCAGUUUGGUGAAAUUUGCACACUUCUUUGGCCCAGUUUGGAACAUAUGUAGUCGAUUCGUUUGAUGGAAUCCAGAAUCCAUCGUACAAGACUCUUAGAGAGGAAAUCGAAGAUCCACAUUGGUAGUAGUAGGAGCUGGUGUACAUACACAUCAAGAAGAAACAAACAAACAAACAAAAAAAAAAUAAAACAGUUUUGCUGCAGGUUCAUUACAAGUUCUGCUUGUAAAAUUUGUCUCCUCGACAUCUGGAAAGUAUUAGUGAUCAAACAAUUGGGAUGAAAUUAAUAACAGCAGAUGGUAAAAGUUGAAAAUUUCAAGAAGUGGGCUGAUCGUCGUCCAGUGAGGUUUGGCAUAAGGGCAACUCAAGUUUUGGACACAAUGGGGCUAUUAUUAUAGUGUUGUUUGGGAAAUGAUGAUGUGAUGAUAGAAAGAGAGAUGACUAAGCUACAUUUUUGUUUGUUUGGGUGGAAGUCCUUUUUGUUUCUUACAAGCUUUUUAUCUUUGGCGUGUCGAUGAAGAAAAACUAAUAAGCAAUAAGAUUUUUUUUUUUUAAAUUCGAUCAUCAUAAGCAAUAAGAUGGGGUUGUGGGGGAAUUUCAAGGCUGGACCUUUUGAUCAUUGCUUCCAUUUUCUGUUCCACGUAGUCCCCACCCCCAAUAUAAAAAAAGAAUGGAGAUCUUGGUGAAAGUUAAAUUUAUACAUUGUAAACCAUGCUUAUUUGAUGUUGUUCGUGGGAAGCUGAGAGGAUGAUGUCGAGAAGCCUAAGGAAAAGUGAUCCAGGAUGCACCGAUUCAACCUUGAGGACAAGGUUACUCUCGAGGGAGACGGUAUGAUAGAAAACCGAGUCUACUCGAUAUCUAUCCGUUUUUGGAGUUUGAAAGUUAUAUAUGAGUCUUAGUAUUUUUGUUAUGUGAGUUUUUGGAGUUUGAAUUAUUUGAUAUUUUUAUGUGAGUUUUUGGGAGUAUUUGUCAUUCUCGUAUUUGGCAGAAAAUAGAGUUAGUUUAACAGA